AUGGACAAUUGCAGACUGGCUGUGAACGGCGUCGUCUUUCAAAACAACACAGCCCUGGUGUUGGGUGGAGCCCUCCAUGCGCAAGGGUCUCUGAGUUUCAUCAACGAUGAGGUCGAGGUGGACAUCGAUCGGGAGGCUCUCGCGUUGGACAUGGACUUAAAGGAUUUCUCAGCGGGCCAGAGCGCUGCCCUCAGGGCUGUAGUGGACCUGACGCACGUUCGGUUCAUUGGCAACACGGCAAUCGGCGCUGGUGGGGGUGCCAUCUCCUCCGAUGCCAAUGCUGAUUUGUCAGUCGACAAUGCAGAGUUCCUUGGCAACAUGGCGAAUGGCACCGGUGGACCUUCGAGGCCUGGAGGGGGUGCAAUUCGCGCGAGAUCAAGCAGGGUCAGGGUCUCCAACUCCACUUUCCUUGGAAACGCCUCGCCGCUGUCGAACGGAGGUGCCAUUGCCUUGACGAAUACCCGUGAGUUUUCCACCCGCUUCAUAAGGUCAAACGUGCUCCAAGUGUCCAAUGGCACCUCUUUCGUCAGAAACAUGGCCCGCAGUGGUGGGGCUUUGUUCAUGGGGUCUUUUUCAAGCAGCAGCCUCGAUGGCGCAAAGUUUUCCAGCAACACGGCGCAGAUAUCCGGAGGUGCCGUGUUCUUCAGCGAAGGGGACGGAAUGGAAAUACGGAAUUCCACCUUCCGCCGCAAUUCUGCGACCCUUACUGGAGGCGCCCUGCAUUUCGAAUACAGACAAGCAGGCAUCGAGGUCAACCUCCUGAUUUCGUUGCAGAACACAACGUUUUCUGAAAACCGAGGCGGGGAUGGGGGCGCAGUGUUCGGAACUGCUCUGGUCAGUUCUGGAGAAGAUUUGUCGAUCGACACAAUGAGAGAUCCUGUCAUGUUACUAACCGACACUUUGCAGAUGAUGAACGCCACCUUUCAGGGGAAUGUGGCUGGCGCGGAUGGCGGGGGUAUGUUGCUCAGGGGCAUCGAGGCACUGCUUAAGGAUGUGAGGCUGGUGGAUAAUGUUGCCAACGGGAGUGGAGGCGGCGCUUUCUUCGGACGAUUUUCGGUUCUCAACGGCACGCAAAUGAGGUUCGUGGGCAACAGUGCACAGCGGGAGGGAGGAGGCUUGAAGCUUGGCUCGAACACCAAUAUUGACGACAGGAGAUCGUCCGUUUGCAGAGAUUGCGCUUUUGGAUCCAACAGGGCAACGAGUGGAGGGGCCCUGUGGGUGGAUGCAUUCUCGGUCCUCCAGCUGCAAUUGGCAUCAAUCACUUCAAAUUCUGCUGUUGGGGGAGGAGGUGGAGCCAUUUUUUCCGUCUCUCCGUCAAACAUUUUCAUUCAAUGCAACAGCACAGAAGGCCAAGACUUUCCCUUGUCGAGAUUUGCAAUUGAAUCUGGCGAAUGCCAGGAUUUUUCUGUGACGGAAAAUCUCGCAAUGGACGGGUUUGGCAACGCUUUUGCUGGCCCCCCUCGCACUCUGUCUGUACAGAUGAGCGGCAGUUUCAAGGAGCAUAGAAGUGGAGACAUUCUUAGCAGAAUCACAGUGAUGGCCCUGGACGAAUUCGAUAACGUCGUCACUGGUGCUGCGACCGACGGGCCUUUGCUCGUUCGCGCAUCUCCCACGUCGGGAGAAGUGGAGGUUACCGGACAAACUUUGGUUGAAGCUAUCGACGGGAUGGCCGUCUUCGCAUUUCUAGUCUUGAGGGCACCAGUGAGCACGAAGCCAAGUAACGCCACUGUACUUUUCAGCACAUCCCUGGAGGGAGUGUCACCGGUAAAUGCCACGGUGAAAGUGGCGGCAUGCAGGGCGGGUGAGCUUGUGGAUGAGAAUGCCAAGCUUUGCCGGAACUGCCCCACUGGGCGAUUCAGCUUCAAUCCCAACAACGCCACAUGUGAUGAAUGCCCGGGAGGGGCCGUGUGCCGGGGUGGCAGCAGCAUGGUUCCAAGCAGCGGCCAAUGGCAUUCGCAUCCGCUGUCAACACAGAUUCACAAGUGUAUAAACAUGGCGGCAUGUUCAUACCCUAAUCGAACGGAGUCACUGCUGAGAUCUCGGUCCCUGAAUGACGCCAGCGGAGAAUUCAGUGACUUGGAAAAUUACAGCCAGUGCGCCGAAGGUUACAAAGAUGUGCUUUGCGGGAGUUGCGCUCCAGGAUAUGGGUUUGAAAAACAGGGGAUCUGCACCAAAUGCAACGGAGAUGCCGAUUGGGUCAUUUUUGCUGCCCAAGUGAUUUUUGUCACCGCCUUUUUGGCCUGGCAAGUAAAAUCGAACAUACACUACGACGAUGGCAAUUCGACAUAUCUCACCUCAGAUAUAUUGAAGGUGCUCGUUAGCUACUUUCAAGUUAUGGGCCUUGCGAGAAUAAUAGACCUGGACUGGCCAGAUCCCGUGGACGACCUUUUGAAGGCAGAAGAAACGCCAAGCAAUGUCAAUUUUGCAUCGUUUGCAGCUCUGGACUGCAUUCUGAACGACUCGGGAUUUCCAAGAUCAAUCAAGAGGGCAAUCGUCGUGGCCCUUUUUCCGGUCAUGAUGGUGUGCGCCGGGACCCUGUUCUGGGCACUCCUCUCGCUCAUGCCCAGCAAGUCAGCGUCAGUGCGAAGGUUCUUCUACAGGAACGUCUUGGUCACGGCCUUCGUCGCCCUCUUCUUGUCGUACCCGUCCGUGGUCAGGAGCACCCUGGAAAUAUUCGAUUGCGUGGACGUAGACGCAGACGACCCGUCGCUGCCGUACGCCGGCAACGCCACUGCCCAGGGCAGCUUCUGGAAGGUCGACACGCGGCAGAAGUGCUUUGAAGGAGACCACAGAAUGCUGACCGCCACCUUGGGAGCCACCUGGCUGGUCGCCUUCUGCUUGGGAGUACCCCUCGCGCUGCUGGCGUUCCUCACCCGUCGCCGCGACCGGCUGCACAGGGCGGAGAGCAUUCGGGACUACGGAUUCCUGUACAGAUCGUACACGGCCGACCUGUUCUUCUGGGAGGCCGUCAUCCUGACGCGGAAGCUCCUGGUCGUCGUCGUCCUCGUGUUUGGCGACUCGCUGGCCGUCCAGAGGCAGAACACGCUCGUGCUGGGCGUGCUGACUGCGGCGUUGUUCCUCCAGAUGCGCGCCGCGCCGUUCCAGACGCCCAAGCUGAACAGGCUGGAGGCUGCAUCCCUGACAACUUCCACGGCCACAUUUUUCAUAGGGUCGUUUGCUUCGGGGGGCGCGCCGCACGGUUGGCGCGUGUUCUCCACGGCCGCGAUUCUGGCAGCCAACGGGGGCCUCCUGGCGUGGUUUGCCCUCGAGCUGCUCGCCGCGUUGAAGCGCGACCUGGAGGGGCGCCCCGACGGAUGCGGGGGGAGGGCAUGGUCGCUGGCCAAAGCGGCGGCCGGGUGGUUCGUCGAGAAGACGGUCGCGAGGUGCCUCGGGGAGCUUACAUUUGACGGGCCGGCGUGGGAGCAAGCGGGCCCUCCGCGCGAGGCCGUACCUGAAAAAGGAACAGAUUGGAUGCAAGAACGUCCGCCACCCGAGAGGAGCAGCGUGUAG